AUGACUUCUAGAGGGUCGAACCCUCGCCGACGACCCCGAUCGGAGGCGGACGAUGGUCGCAGUGAUGAUGCGUCCUCCCGAUCUAUAAGAAAUUCCCGCUCGACGUCGCAUCGCUCGAGCUCUAGCAAACGUCCCCGGCUGGAUAUUGAUGAACGGGUUGUGGAGGGGCAAGGUGUGAAGGUGGAGCAGGUGGACGAACAGGACGUGGAGUACGAAGAUAAGGGCGAAGAAGAAGAGGUUGAAGGGGAAGAGAGUGAAGAAGGCGAAGGGGAAGAGUCAGAAGAGUCAGAAGAGGACGAAGAGGAGGUUGAAGAGGAGGAGGGGCAGGCUGAUGAGGUGGUGAAGGAUGAGCAAGAGGAGGAGGACCAAGAUAUGGAGGGCCAGGAGGAACAGGAGGAUAGCGAAAGCAAUCAAGGCGAUGAUGCGAAUCCCGGGAGAAGUGCUCCGAUUUACUCAGAGGCUGAGGCAAUCGACGAUUAUGAUACCCAAGAUGUGGCCCCCCAGUCGGCAGUAUCGCAAAAUGACGAACAGAAUGAGGUUGAUCAGGAGCAAAGCGACCAAGAGAACCCCGAAAGCAACCAGGGCGACGAUGUUAAGGAUCUUGAACACAUUCCCACGAAGUCAGCAGGGUCUGAGGUCUCCAACAAAAGUAACACCCAAGUUGCAACCACAGAACCAGCCGUAUCGCCCAGUGGCGUGCAGCACGGACAGGAGGGGGAGGGUCAUGACCUCACAGGAAGUCAAGACGACGAGGCCGAAGAGUCUGAGAACACAGAACAUGACGCUGAGGACUACAUCCCCUCAAAGUCGGUAGGAUCUAGGGUCACGAACAGAAGUGGCAACCGAGUUACAAGUACAGAGCCAGCAUUAUCGCAACAUAGUCCGCAAAACGAAGUUAUUCAAGAGGAGGGUAAUCAGGAAGACCUCGAAGGCAGCCAAGACAAUGAGGCUGAAGAAUCCAAGAACUCAGAAGAUGAUGCAGAUGAGUAUAUUGCCUCGAAGUCGACAGCGUCCGAUACUACGAAUAGCAAUAACAACCAAGCUGCGACCACAGAGCGGGUGUUAUCGCAAAAUGGCCUGCGGGAUGGAGCUAAGCAGGAGGUGUUCAAGCCCGGUGCUAUCGUGCGCAUUAGAGUGACGGAUUUCGUAACAUAUACGUCUGCGGAAUUCUUCCCUGGCCCAAAGUUGAAUAUGGUAAUCGGACCCAAUGGUACUGGAAAAAGUACGCUUGUCUGUGCGAUAUGCCUGGGUUUAGGCUGGGGCCCACAGCAUUUGGGCCGGGCAAAAGACGCCGGAGAGUUCGUCAAGCACGGCUGUAGAGAAGCUACGAUUGAGAUUGAGCUUGAGGGAGGUCCUGGCUCUCGUCGGAACCCCGUGGUUUCUAGAACAAUCAAGCGCGACGGGAAUAAGAGCACCUUCACGAUCAAUGGAAAACAGGCCUCUCGCUCCCAAGUGCUGAAGCUAGCGCAAUCGUUCGCUAUCCAGAUCGAUAAUCUUUGCCAAUUUCUUCCCCAGGACAAGGUUAGCGAAUUCGCUGCCCUUACGCCGAUUGAACUCCUCAAUUCAACACAGAGAGCCGCUGCUGGGGAGGAAAUGAUUCAAUGGCACGAGAAUCUGAAGCGUCUCAGAGCAGAACAGAAGAAGUUGCAAACGGACAACCAAGGGGACCGAGAUUUGCUGACGAACCUUGAAGAUCGGCAAGAGAUGCAGAGAGCCGAUGUUGAGCGGAUGCGCCAAAGGGCGCAGAUCAAGAGAAACAUCGAAUUGUUGAACAUGAUCCGUCCAGUCUUGCAGUUCAAAGCGGGUCAUGCCAAGUACAACGAUAUGAAGAAAGAAGUUAGAAGAAUCGAGACCGAACUGGAGCGGCUCAAGGCGGAGCUUGAACCCGCGUUGAGAUCUGUCAAUGCAAAGCAACAGUACUGUCUCCAAACGGAUGAGGUGAUCACUUACAAAGCGCAUCAGCUUGACGAGGCUGAGCGUGCAGCCGGCAAAGCCGGCAAGGCAAUUGAGCGAGAGGACCAGGCGAUGAAGGAAUUUGACUCUCAAAUUGACGCCGAGAAGAAAAGCGGACAGAGCUACAGACAAGAAGCAAAUAAAAUCCAGCAAGCAAUUAACAAGCUCACGCGCCAGUUGAAUGAUGAACCGGUGGAAUUGGAUGUGAAUUGGUACAACGAGAAUAUACGCGAAAAACGACGCGAAGUCAGGGAAAUCACGGAGAAAGCGAAUCAGAUUAAGGCCGAUCGACAGCCCUUAUUCGAGUCACUGCAAGAAAAGAAUGACCAGAUCAAGCAGGCGGAACGCCAGUUACAGAACCUCGAUUCUGCGACCGGACAGCAGGAAAAUAAGCUCAAACGAAUGUCCGCCGAUUCUUGGCGGGCUUACCACUGGAUCCAGGGCAAUCAGGAUCAGUUCGAAAAAGAAGUCUUUGGCCCUCCGAUGGUUACUUGUUCAGUGAAAGACCCGAAGUACGCCGAUGCCGUGGAAGCUGUACUGCAGCGCACGGAUCUAAUGGCCUUUACAACCCAGACUCGGAACGACUUCAGGAAGUUGCAGAAAGCCCUCAGUAUCGACCAGAAGUUGUCUGAUAUCGCUAUUCGAACGUGUUCCGAUCCGCUAGCAAGUCGGCGGCGCCUGAUUUCGGACGAUGAGAUGCGGGCACAUGGAUUCGAGUGCUUGGCGAAAGAUUGCCUCAGUGGGCCCGAAGUCGUCAUUUCUAUGCUUUGUAACGAUACCCGGCUGGGCAAGACACCUAUUCGUCAGGCAGGGAUCUCAGAAGCUGAGCUCAAUCGGCUUAAAGCCAGCCGAAUAGACUCCUGGGUGGCUGGAGAUGGAAUCUACAACAUCACUCGGCGAAAAGAAUACGGCCCCAGAGCAAGCAACACCAGGCAUGUGAUUAUGAAUCCGGCAAGAGUGUGGACAUCUCAACCGGUGGACGCAUCUGAGAGGCAACAACUGGCGCAGAGAGUCCGCGCACUGAAAGGCGAAAUGCAGGAGGUGCAGGAACAAAUUGAUAGCGAAAAGACCAAGCUACAACAAUUAGGGGAUGCACAUACGCAACUUAAGCAAGAACUGAGCGAGCUCGAGCGGGAGAAGGCCGAUAAACAGACAGCUUUGACAAAUUAUCGAGCUAUUCCGGAAAGAAUCCGCCAGCAAGAAGUCAAACAGAGAGACAACCAGAGAAUAUUUGAAGAGAUGAGAACGAGAGUAGGCAAUCUCCGCAGCGAACAGGACCAGGUGUCGAUUCGCAAGGCUGAGGCCGCCAUUGAAUAUGCUAAUGCGGUUGAAAAAUUCCAAAAGCUACACGAGGAAGUCAUCAAACUCAAAGUACGGCACCUCGAAGGUCUCUCCGACCUAGAGGUUCUGAAAGCUCGAAAUAUCGAACACCGGCAGACUCUGGAAGCCAAACAUGAAGAAUUGAAGGCGGCGAAUCUAGAGAUUAGGGACAUGAGCAAAUCACUCAAGAAGAUGCAAGAAGAGACUAGGAAGGUCGCUGACCUUACCAGAGAACACCCUGAUUUGGCAGAACUAUUACAAAAGGUCAAGGAUCAGACCCUGGACCAGCUCGAGGCCGACAUCGACUCGGAGAAAGCCCGUCUGGAACUCACCCACGGCGGCAACAGCAAUCUGAUCAAGGAGUUCGAAGAACGCAGUCGCCAAAUCGACAAGCUGCGCGACAAGCUCUCCGACUUCCAGAAAAAGCUCGACGACUACAAUCACGCCAUCAACGAGAUUCGCGGCCGAUGGGAGCCCAAGCUCGACUCUAUCAUCAAAAAAAUCAGCGACGCCUUCUCCGACUCGUUCGCCCGCAUCGGCUGCGCCGGCCAAGUCACCCUCGACAAGGCCGAAGAGCCCGGCCCCAAUGGCGAACCCGGCGACAGCGACUUCGAUCAAUGGUCGAUUCAAAUUCACGUCAAAUUCCGCGAGCACGAAAACCUCUCCCUCCUGGACUCUCACCGCCAAUCCGGUGGCGAACGUGCCGUCAGCACCAUCUUCUACCUCAUGGCUCUCCAAUCCCUCUCCGCAUCCCCUUUCCGCGUCGUCGACGAAAUCAACCAGGGUAUGGACCCCCGCAACGAACGCAUGGUCCACGGCCGUCUGGUCGACAUCGCCUGUGCGCCGUCAGAAUCCGGCGGCGGCGGUCAGUACUUCCUAAUCACGCCCAAACUUCUCAGCGGACUAUCCUACAAACCAGGCAUGCGCGUCCUCUGCAUCUACAGCGGCGAACACAUGCCCGACGACCACAACCUGAUUGAUUUCAAGGGAGCCAUUGCGAAGAGGAAAGCCGUGACGGCGGCAGCUGGACCGGGAACUGGAAGAGGUAUAAGGGCCGCUGCUAGUAAUGGCAGCGUAAGUGUUCAUGGAUAA